AUGCAGCCAUCUUCAUCCGACAACGACUCUCUCCGCAAACGACGAUUCAGGAUACAGAGUGAGUUUGGUCGUGCUCGACAAUGGAGAAGCCGGAAAAGCCGUCCCUGCGAUACCUGCCGUCGGAGGAAGACGGCUUGUGUUAUCGAAGAUCGACCACCAUGUCUGUUUUGUAGAGGAAGGGGGUUGGACUGCCAGUCCACCAUUGAACCCAUCCAGCACUCGAGGUUGCAAGCUUCCGACGACGACGAUGAGGCAAUGGUAUUAGUCGAGCCUGCUGCAGAGCCCAGUCCUCAAGAGGAGCAGGUAUCACCUGAGCAGGUCAGCCAUGGCAAGAAUGAUCACGGCCAAGAUCUACUCUCGCCGAGCGCCAGCGUGGAGGAUGUGGACGUGCGAAACUGGCGUAGAAAUCACCCUCCGACCACGCCUAGCAGCACUGGCUCCCGUCUAACAGAGGCCAAAGUCUACACCAUUGAAGACGGCCCAAAUUUGACCGGACAUUCGCUCGGGCUCUCUGCCGAGCAAGACACCAAUCUCCUCGCCUCCUUCCGGUCCGUUAUCAUCAACGAGACGAACCGUGUUGAUGGCGACAUUUUCCAAGUGCACGCCGGAAACCCGGCAGUCGGAACGCCACCUCUGCAUUUUUACAUCUUGAGGGACUGGUUUAUGCCAUAUGACAAUCGGAUAAAAGAGGAAUCGUCCCAGGCCAUUGAAUACAGGGUUGGAACAUAUGGGCCCAACCUCGUCCGUCUAUACUUCAAAUACGUCCACCCCGUCUACUGUGUCGUUUCUAAAGUGCGCUUCCUGCGGGCUUACAAGCAGGAUAAGUUGAGUAUCCCAGCGUCUCUACGAGGAGUCAUUUACGGAAUGGCUGCGGUCUUUUGGAAGCGUGAUCCUACGCUCCGAGCAAUUCCUCGUCCGUUUGAACAAUAUGAAUUGUUCCAUGCCGCUCAAGCUUCGCUCGAGAGGGAACUGGAGGCCCCCAAUUUGUGGAAAAUACAGGCCUGCUUACUGAUGCUGCACGAGAAGGCUGCCGGGAAUGGCACCUUUGAAACACCAAGAACCUGGACUCUCUCUGCACAGGCGCUCGCAUGUGCGCAAAUGAUAGGCCUUCAUCGUGAUCCCUCCGACUGGAACAUUGCUCCCUGGGAGAGGAGUCUGAGAAAGAAGCUGUGGUGGGCCACCUAUGUCACUGACAUGUGGUCGUCGGUUUCGCAUGGUAACCCUCCGCAUAUCUAUCGGGCAUCCUAUACAACCACAGACCUGAACAUGGAUGAUUUGAGGUUUGACGAAGACGUCCCCGACGAUCUCAGAGAUAUGGUCGAUGCCACGAGUGCCACCUUUGAUAUUUCCACAGCUGCUCGAUUUCUUGAGCUCACGAAACUAACUCAAAUACUUCACAAGCUCUUGGAUACGGCUUUCACGGACCACAGUUACCGAACUGCGGUACUGGAUGCUGAAGGCCAGGAGGCCAAGCUCCUAGAGAUCCAGUCGGAACUAGAGUCCUGGCAAUCCUUGAUCCCGCAGUGUGUCACCAUGAGUUACACUGCAGAUAGAUACAGUUUUCGCAACAAUGGCCCGUUGCACCUUGCUUAUUUCGCAACCCAAGUGCUGCUCUUUCGAGCAUUGAUGACGCCGGCCUCGAUGGCUGCAAAGAAUAGUCCGCAUUCGAGUCUACGAAGAUUCUUUGACGCGGCCAUAGAUCAGUGCAGCGACUUCCUCGAGUUUAUGAACGAAAUAACGCCUGAUGGUCUCCGAGCGUUCUGGGGCCGACAUGGCCGGUCGCAGCUGAUUCUCACCGGGAAUUUCCUGGUGUAUCUCUUCUUGUUGUCAUCCAGUCCAGAUCAUGUUCGCGAGACAUUCCGACUCCUGGAGCUUUUUCAUGAGUCCCUUCAGAGGCUGGGAGACGUUGUGGACGAAGAGUCCGUCGGUCUCAUACGGCCUGUUGCGCUAAGGAUCGACUCUUUCUUCACCCAAGCGGCACAGAUUAUGCGCAGUGGCUCAACUACAGGCUCCUAUUCGGCGCCCAUGCUGGUGGAUCACCAGGACGAAGCUUCCACAACUUCUCCUAUCCAAUAA